CAACAACGAUGACGGCGACGACGACGACGACGAUGAUGAUGGCGGAGGAGGAGAUGGGGGAAUGAAACGUAAAGACGGUGGGGGGCGCAAGACUAGCAAGAAUGACAACGACGGCGGCGGCAGUGUGGAAGACGACGACAACGAUUACGAGGGCAACGACAGUGGGUGGUAACUCGACGACGACUCGACUGCAGCUCGAGGGCAAGGUGGUGCAGCGGGCCGAGUGUCGACCCGUGGCGGACCUGGCCUACAUGCGGCACAAGGCGCAGAUGAUUCGCGACUCGUCCAAGCCCACGCGCACGGUCAUCCAGCUCGAGAAGGCCAUUCAGAACUACAAGCCAGUGGCGGAUCAUCGUCACAAUAUUGAAUUUGAGAAGCUGAAAAAGGCCGAGGGCAAGAAGGCUCGUGGUGAGCGAGACAAGGUGCUCGAGAGCCUCUUUGCUGCCUUUGAGAAGCACCAGUACUACAACAUCAAGGACCUGUGCACCAUCACGCAGCAGCCAAUUACGUAUCUCAAGGAACUGCUCAAAGAGAGGAGGAAAGUGCCGUUCGUCCUUUCGUUCAAUGAAUGGAUGAAUCUAUCUGUUUGUGCAUCCUCAACACGCGACCUGCCGCCGUUGUCGGAUGUGACGGACUUGAGCCCGGAACAGACGGCGUACGUGCGGCAGUUGGAGGCCCGCUUCCGUCACCGAUACGACGCGGCCAAGGACUCGGACUUCGGCGCCUUCCGCAUCGAUGAGCCCGUUGUGAUGCAUCCGUGGACACCAUCAGCAGGUCGUGGAUCUGGGGGUGGUGGUGGUGGUGGCAGAGGCAGAGGCAGACGAUAUUGA